UAUUAAUGAAUCGAUUGGAAAUUAAAAAACGCAUCUUUGGAUGCUUGAAUGCCCUUCCAAAAUGGAGGAGUAAAUUGUUUUUGCACACAGAUGAACAGGUUAGUGUCUGGGUGUCUUCAGUGUUCCACUUGAAUUAGCCAGUUUUUGGUGACUUUAUUGUUGAAAGACAAAAAGCCGUUGAAUCUGUUGCCAAUCAAUCAUUUGCUCUGGUAUUUUCGUUUAAUUCGUUUACAUCGGGUGACACUUUGGAAUCCAUUCAAAUGGCAAGAACGGAUAUACGAGGCAUCCUCGUUUAACUACGUGUCCGUAGCACCUUUGCUCUGAUGCCCUCCAACUUUUGACAUCCAGAUCUACCUGCUCCGCAUGAGCUCAAAUCAGAUAGCAGGCUCGGGUCAAGGGGGGGGGGGCAGUCCGGAGGAAUGGAGCAGCGCGGGCUUGUAAAUAGAUCAGAUCGGACACUGGUUUGAUUUACACAGUCCUGCUUCUGCACCCGGAGACCGAGAAACAAUAGACAAUAAAGCAACCAUGUUGACGAGGCUUUUCAGUGACCCGUCUCUGCUGCCCGAUGUGCAGAAAUACUCGGGCUGGGAAGACAGCGAGGAGGAGGAUUCCAAAAUCAAAGAUGAGGAUCAGGACACUCAGGACGGCACGGCGGGAUCUGAGCUGAGGGACGGCAGUCAGACGCAAUCCGAGCACGCCGGGGAAGACGACGACGACGACGAGGAGGUGGAGGAAGAGGAGGAUGGAGAGGACGCGGAGGGAGACAGGCCCAAGAAAAGGGGCCCCAAGAAGCGCAAAAUGACGCCGGCCCGCGUGGAGCGCUCCAGGAUGCGCCGGGUGAAGGCCAACACACGGGAGCGGACCCGGAUGCACGACCUGAACUCUGCGCUUGACAACCUGCGCAAAGUGGUGCCGUGCUAUUCCAAAACGCAAAAACUUUCGAAAAUCGAGACGCUGCGGCUGGCCAAGAACUACAUCUGGGCCCUGUCGGAGAUAUUGCGCUCUGGAAAAAGGCCCGACCUUGUGUCCUACGUGCAGACGCUGUGCAAAGGACUCUCCCAGCCAACGACAAACCUGGUGGCGGGAUGCCUGCAGCUGAACUCCCGCAAUUUCCUUACCGAUCAGCAGUGUCAGGACGGCGGGAGGUACGGAUCCAGCUCUUUCCCGAUGCAUUCCUACCCGUACCAGUGUGCACGCCUCUCCAGCCCCCACUGCCAGCCGGUCUCGGGCUCGAACUCGCAUCCGCUUAGGGCGCACGGCUACUGCUCGGCUUACGACUCUCUGUACGGGGGGAGCGGAUCCCCGGAGUAUAACAGUCCCGAGUAUGAGGGGCCCCUCAGCCCGCCCCUGUGCGUCAGUGGCAACUUUUCCCUGAAGCACCAAGGCGCUGCGUCCCCCGACAACGAGAAGGGAUACUACUCUAUGCAUUACUCCGGCCUGCCUGGCUCCAGACCCACCGGGCCCCCCAACCUGGUGUUUGGCUCCUCGGGGGCCCGGAGCGGCAUUCACUCUGAAAACGUCCCGCCUUACCACGACAUGCACUUACACCACGAACGGGCCCCGGCGUACGACGAACUCAACGCGUUUUUUCACAAUUGAAAUAAAGAGCCCGUCGUGGGCCCCCGGCAAUCAAACAUCUAACCACGGCACACGUUUUGAAGAGCUUACCUGCCAGGAUUGAGACAUUCUGGAGAGAUAUUUCACUCGUUGUCAUUGGUGUUUUCCGUUUCCUUUUAUUCCGUCUUAGCUUUUUCUUUCUCUAAAGUCAGAUAUGUAGUGGAAGGGCGACCAACACACAAUCGCAUCGCAACAGAAUAUGUCCAGCUGAAAUAAAAGGAGAUUUGACGAACAAAUCAAAAGGCCCGUGAUGCCAAUACUAAUGCUAUUUUAAAGUGGGAGUUGUGUCUGUAUUGGUGGUUGUUUGCAUUUUGGUUACUGGAAGUUGUUUAUUUACCACUGUAUCACUGGUUUACGCCAUGAUAUUGGCGGCAAUUUUCUAAUCUUGUGAAAUUAGGAAUAAAAUCCCCCCCAAAAAAGAUAAUGUAAAUUGACUUGCCUGCACGUUCGACAUCUGGAGGGGGGGGGGGGGGGAUUAUGAAAAUAAUGAAAUGCAAGAAGUACUGAACCAAUAAAAAAGUGGUAGUUUUUUUUUCAGAAGAGUCUCUGCAAAACACACGUUUCGCAUCUAUGCAAAGAAGAGACCAGCGGAAGAGGGGCAACACGGCCCGGAAAGACACUGUUUCAUCAGCACUGUUGCCAAACCCCCCCACACACACAUACACACAUGCAAACACACAAUAUACACCCAAUGCAUCUGGCCAUGCUGCACAUAAAAAAAAGAACAAUCAUUUUUCACUUUUCUUCUUAUUUAUUUAUAUGAGCGUUAUUCCUCUAAUUGAGCCAUUGUACCGUCCAUACAUUUUCGUUGAACAUUUUCGUUUUUAUUUGUAAUGCUGUGUUGAAUAAGUUAUUAUAAUUAUUACUAUUAUUAUCAUUCUUCUUAUUGCACGUAUUUAUUGUGUUGUUUUUGUAAUUAUCAUUAAUAGUCAAUGGAAAUGAAGGGAUCCCACGUGUUGCAGAGCGUUUCUUUCAUACAAUUCAAGUCUUUAAAGUUUGUAUUCAAUCAACUGAGUGCUAAAAUAAAAUUACAAUAAAUGACACUG